GGAGCCACCAUCCUGAGGCUCAAUUUAGAUCUUCCACUGCCCCAAUCCGACGCUCCCUUUCGCACGGCCAAGCUCGGAGGAGCGAGCAGCGGAGAAGGGGGGUUGAGAGUCCCACUAACUGCUGUCAGAGGAGGGAACUAGAAGGCUGAAACACCUCCUGCGGAAUCUGCAGGGUUCUUCCGAAGCAGGAUGCAGCUGCCUGACGCUGCUGCGAAAAUGAGGGGCUCCCUGCUCCUCGCUCCCCACCUUCUGUGCCUUCUGAUCGCGUCUUGGGUUCCUCCAGCAGCUGCGGGGCCCAGUUUUCUGGUGACAGCUCCUAGUGUCAUCAGACCAGGAAUCAACAUGAGCAUUGGAGUGGAACUUCUGGAGAAUAGCCCCUUUCAAGUCCUGGUGAAGGCUGAAGUGCUCAGGAGCCAGCUAAACAUUACAGUCCUGGAAGCAGAAGGAAUAUUUGAAAGAGGUUCAUUUGGGACUCUUGUUCUUCCAGCACUACCCUUGAAUAGUGCAAAUGAAUUGUAUGAAUUACGUAUCACUGGAAAUGCUCAGGGUCGAACUUUGUUCUCUGAUAAAACCCAUUUGAUUUUUGAGACCAAGAGAUUAACUGUCUUCAUCCAAACCGACAAGUUCCUUUACAAACCAAAACAAGAGGUGAAAUUUCGUAUUGUCACUCUCUUCUCUGACCUCAAGCCAUAUAAAACUGCUGUAGAUCUCCUAAUUAAGGACCCCAAAUCAAAUUUGAUUCAACAGUGGUUGGAUGAGCAAGGUGACCUUGGAGUUAUUUCCAAAACAUUUCGACUAUCUUCAAAUCCAAUAGUUGGUGAUUGGUCUAUUCAAGCACGAGUGAAUGGCCAGACCUAUUACCAGUCAUUCCAAGUUUUAGAAUAUGUGUUACCCAAAUUUGAAGUUACUCUCCAGACUCCUUUAUAUCAUUCUUUGAAUUAUAAAAGUUUAAAUGGUACUGUCAAUGCAAAGUAUACAUAUGGAAAACCAGUUAAAGGUGAUGUAACACUCAUAUUUGUGCCUCUAUCCAUCUGGGGAAUAAAGAAAACUAUUACCAAACAUUUUGAGAUAAAUGGAUCUGCAAAUUUCACAUUUAAUGAUCUAGAGAUAAAAAAUGUCAUGAAUAAUGCAGAUGAACUACGUUACCCCAGUGAUAUGUCUUCUCCUGGGCCAGUAGAAAUUACUGCUGUAGUGACGGAAUCACUCACAGGAAUCUCCCGAAAUGCAAGUUCCAAUGUAUUUUUCAAGGCAAAUGACUACACCAUUGAAUUUUUUGAUUAUGCUACUGUCUUGAAGCCUACUCUCAACUACACAGCUACUGUGAAGAUAACCCGCUCUGACAAUGUUCGGUUGACUCCAGAAGAAAUUAGAAACAAAAUAACCCUGACCAUAACACAGACAAACUACACCAAUUAUUGGGACAAAUGGAACAAUGAAGAUCAGGAAAGGGAAACUGUCCAGAUCCUAAAUUACACAGUUCCAGAAAAUGGAAUCAUUCAUCUUGAAUUCCCAUUAUUGGUUAAUACCAGUCAACUGCAAGUGAAGGCUUCUUUUCUUGAGAGUGUGAAUACCUUAUCAAUUCAUGGCAUGUUUAGAUCUCCUAGUAUGACAUAUAUCCAGUUAAAAACAGCAAGUGAAAAUGUAAAGGCUGGCUCACCUUUUGAACUGACCGUCAGUAGCAACAAGCCACUGAAGGAACUAAGUUAUAUGGUGAUAUCCCAAAGUCAGCUGGUUGCAAUAGGCAAAAAGAAUGCUUCAACUUUUUCUUUAACACCAGAAAAUUCUUGGGCUCCAAAAGCCUGUAUAAUUGUGUACUAUGUUGGAGAUGAUGGGGAAAUUAUAAAUGAUGUUUUGAAAGUUCCUGUCCAACUUGUCUUUAAGAAUAAGAUCUCACUAUCUUGGAAUAAAAUUAGUGCAGAACCAUCUGAAAACGUUGCUCUUAAAGUUUCUGUGACUCAGCCUGGAUCCCUAAUAGGACUUGUUGCUGUUGACAAAAGUGUAAAGUUGAUGAAUGGCUCAAAUGACCUGACAGAAGAAAGUGUGAUCCAUGAACUGGAAUUGUACAAUACUGGCUAUUACUUAGGCAUGUUCACAAAUUCCCUUGCAGUCUUUCAGGAAUGUGGCCUGUGGGUAUCAACGGAUGCAAAUCUUGUGCAUGAUUAUCUGUAUGAAAGUUUUAAUGGAGAGUUCGUGGAGAUGGAUAAAGCAGAUGAUGUAGUCAUGCUUACGAAUGAUAGAAACGACAUGACAGAUCUAGCAUCUGGAGGUGCAUUUCUAGCGGGCAAUGGUCCAUCUAUCAGAAAACAUUUUCCAGAGACCUGGCUUUGGAUAGACACCAAUAUGGGUUCUCGGACUGACAGAGAAUUUGAAGUUACUGUGCCUGACUCCAUCACUUCCUGGGUAGCUACUGCCUUUGUGAUCUCUGAGGAUUUAGGACUUGGAAUGACAACUGCUCCAGUGGAGCUUCAAGCCUUUCAACCAUUUUUCAUUUUUUUGAAUCUUCCUUACUCGGUUAUCAGAGGGGAACAAUUUGUUUUAGAAGUAACCAUAUUCAAUUAUUUGAAAGAUGCCAGUGAGGUGAUGGUAACCCUCGAGACAAGUGACAAGUUUGAUAUUCUUAUGAAUUCUAAUGAAAUAAAUGCCACAGGACAUCAGCAGUCCAUAUUAGUACCAAGUGAGGAUGGGGGAACUGUGCUUUUCCCAAUCAAACCAAUGUAUUUAGGAGAGAUUCCAAUCACUGUGACAGCAGUUUCACCUAGUGCCUCUGAUGCCAUCACCCAGAACAUUUUAGUAAAGCCUGAAGGAAUUGAGAAAACAUAUUCACAGUCUCUCCUCUUGGACCUGACUGGCAACAAAUUAUCAACUACAGCCCAAAGUUUGAACUUCACCUUCCCUCCUGACAGGGUUAUUGAUAGUGAAAAAAUUCAUAUUACUGCUGUUGGAGAUAUCAUUGGGCCUUCUAUCAAUGGCUUAGAGUCCUUGAUUCGGAUGCCUUAUGGCUGUGGUGAACAGAAUAUGAUCAACUUUGCUCCAAAUAUUUAUAUUUUGAAUUACCUGAGUAACACAAGACAGCUGACAGAUAGUGUGAAAGACAAAACCAUCUCAUUUAUGAGGCAAGGCUACCAAAGAGAACUUCUCUAUCAAAGGGAUGAUGGUUCUUUUAGUGCUUUUGGAAAUGAUGAUCCCUCUGGGAGCACAUGGUUAUCAGCUUUUGUUCUAAGAUGUUUUCUUCAAGCUUCUUCUUAUAUAGAUAUUGAUCAGGAUGUGUUACACAGAACAUUUUCCUGGCUCAAGAAACAUAUAAAACCCAAUGGUGAAUUCUGGGAACCAGGAAGAGUGAUCCAUAGUGAUCUUCAAGGUGGCAAUAAUAGUCCAGUUACCCUUACAGCCUAUAUUUUGACAUCCCUCUUAGGUUUUCAAACAUAUCAGACUUCCAUGGAUAUGAGAAGGUCUGUUGAGUUUUUGGAGUCACAUUUCAGGGAAGGUGUUUCAGAUAAUUAUACUCUAGCUCUCAUAAGUUAUGCACUGUCAUCUGUGGAAAGUACUGAAGGGAGAGAAGCUUUGGAUCGGUUGAACCAGAGAGCAGAGCAUGAAGGAGGCAUGCAAUUCUGGGUGUCAUCGGUAUCCAAACUUUCUCAAUCAUGGCAGCCGAGUUCCUUAGACAUUGAGAUUGCAGCCUAUGCAUUAUUGUCACACUUCCUGCAAAAUCGGAUGGCCGAGGGAAUGCCUAUUAUGAAGUGGUUAAGCAAACAGAGAAAUAGUCUGGGAGGUUUUUCCUCUACUCAGGAUACCAUUGUGGCCUUGCAUGCCUUAUCUACAUUUGCAGCUCUCACCAUGACUGGACAGACAGAUAUGAGAGUAAAAGUAACUGGACCUAGUGUGACAGCACCAACAGAAUUUCUGAUUAACAAUAAAAAUCGCUUUAUUUCUCAAACAGUAGAGCUUGCUGUCACUCAGCCAGCUUCAGUUACUGUUUCAGCAAGUGGUUUUGGAUUUGCCUUCUGUCAGCUCAAUGUUGUUUAUAAUGUGAAAAAUUCAGAAUCUUCUAGAAGACGGAGAUCUAUCCAAGAUCAAGAAGCCUUUGAUUUAGAUGUUGCCGUAAAAGAUAAUGAAGAUGAUAUCAAUCAUUUGACUGUGAAUGUAUGUACCAGGUUUCGGGGACCAUCCAAGAGUGGUAUGGCUCUUAUGGAAGUUAACUUACUGAGUGGUUUUGCAAUGUCUCCAGAUGCAAUUCUACUGAGUGACACAAUUAAGAAAGUAGAGAAUGAUCAUGGCCAAGUCAACCUAUAUUUAGACUCUGUAAAUGAAACACAAUUUUGUGUAGAUGUUCCUGCUGUGAGAAACUUCAAAGUAUCAAAUACUCAAGAUGCCUCAGUAUCCAUAGUGGAUUAUUAUGAACCAAGGAGACAGGCAGUCAGAAGUUACAACUCCAAAGUGAUGCUGGGUGUUUCCCCUUGUGACCUGUGUGACAAAAAACAGGACUGCAAACUUUGCACGGACAGCUCCCCAACAUUAUUUCAACACUCGGCAGUAGUUUCUUUUGGGUGCUUCUUGUUUCUCCUCUUGCAAAUUUGGCUGUGAUCUUUUAUUUUGUGAGGGAUACAUUCAGAUAGUCACAAUUAAAUUUGUCUUCUGACUGUGUUUAAAAAGGGUUAUUUCCAUGGGCAAAAGUGAACAAAUAUCAGUGCAAACUUCACUCAUGUUUUUCUUCCCCUCCACCUCAGUAUUUAAAAGGAACCCUGAAUCUAAUUCAUUUGGAACAUAAUUUUGGUGGCCUUUACAUCCCUUCCUCUACUCUUUCUUUCUCUACCAGGAUGUUUUUGGGCUGUAUAUAAGGUAUAACUAACUUCUUCCAGAGUGAGAAUGUUUUAUUAUGAGGUCUUCAUUUAUCUACCACAUUUGAUAAAUGAAAUAGAGGUUCUUACUGAAAACAACUGUGCAUUAGUAGUAGGACUGGUAUGAAGGGUACUGCCUUUUCUCCAAGAAGAAAAUACUUUUAUGGGUGGAGUCCCUUUGAAAGUUGGGAGAGGAGAAAGCAAAGAAGAAACUUGUUUGGGCCCCACUCUUACUCUCAUGGCCUCAACAUGCCCUUUCCAUCUUUUAUGAAUUUGGUUCUUUCCAGAGCCUGAGGUAGCGAAAUAAAAAUAAACUGGAUUGGUUUUUCUCCCCCUAACUCUCAUAAUUUCCCCAAUUCUAAUCGUUUCCUCCUUUCUCUCCUUGUUCUCUCAGAUUCCAGUAAAACUCAGGCAUGAGGUCUGAGACUGUUCCAGUGAAAACUAGUUUCACUGGAGGAAAGUUGAUCUGAAGACCAUGAUUUGGUUUUUAGGGUUUACUGGCAGCCUGAAUAAAAGGCAGGUGGGAGGGUGGGAUGCAGAUCAGGUAUGUGUUCAGAGUUCCAUGUUAAAAUUAUGGGGAUCAUCUUAAUAAUACACUGAUCACUAUGUGCUUCUGGGCAGAAAUCUCAAUUUUCUCUGGAGCCAGAAGACCUAUAACUGGUCCAAAGUAAGGAUAUACCUGCUAUUGUAAGAUUAGGCAAUUUAUAAGGAAUAGACUAGCAGGACAGAUAGAAUCAGGAGAUUUGGGGUUCAAAUACUGCCUCUGACACAUCCUAGCUGUGUGGCUGUGGGAAAACCAUAUACCUUCUCAGAGCCCCAGGUCCCUUUUUAAGACUAUAAAUCACAGACGAGUUGCUGACCUGAAUCAUUGGAGGGAGUUCCCCACACCUAUGAAAUGACAGGUUGGAAGAAAAAAAAUACACCUUUGAGUUAUUUCUUAUAUAUAUUUAUAUAUAAUUUCUUAUUGCUUAUGAAGGUUUUGAUUGCAAAAGUUAAAUAUUCUAUCUUAGGAAUCUGGAAAUGAUCUAUUAUUAUUAAUGUUUGAAUGCAUAUAAUAUGGAUAGAGAAUAGUUUCUUAUUUGGUGGCCUAGGAAGAGAGCAGGUAACCAUUCAAUCAGUUAUUCCAGUAAUUUUUUUCAAUGAGAUGAUAAUAUCUGCCAAUUAGUAUUCAUCUAAAACAACUCUUAUCAAUUGUGGCAGGGCUCUUGACAUUCUGAAGUAUAGGCAUACUUUAUAAUAACAACAACAUAUUUAUUUAGCAUUUUUAUAGUUUACAGAGUGCUUUUCUCACAACUCCUCUGUGGAAGGAGAGAGCAAGUAGCACUGAUCUCAUUUUAUAGUCACUUAGAAUUCCACACAAGAAUGAUCUAAGUAAACAUGAUUUAACUGAAUGCGAGGAAUUAUGAGAUUUAUUCAAAGUCACUAAUAAGUGGUAGAGAUAAGAGACUAAUAACUCAGGUGUCCUGAUUCUUGGUCCACUGUUCCUUCUUCUGAGCAGUGAUUCCUUUUUAGAUGAAACUGCCUUAGAAUUAGAUUUCUAGGUUGGUUUAGCAAAUAGCCCCCUGGAUGGAAUCUCAGAAUGGUCCUUUAUGUAAUUCUGCUCUCUUAAAAGAAACAUGGGUGGGCAGCUAGGUGGCACAAUGGAUGGAAUGUUGGAUUUAGAAUCAGGAAGUCAUUUUCCUGAAUUCAAAUCUGGCUGUGUGACCCAGAGAAAAGUCACGUAGCUCUGUUUGCCUCAGUUUCCUCAUCUGAAAAAUGAGCUAGAGAAGGAAAUGGUAAACUAGUAUCUGCCAUUUGUUGUUAUUCAGUUGUUUUAGUCGUGUCCAACUCCAAAUGGGGUCAUAGAGGGUCAGAUUCAACUGAAAAAUGAUUAAACAACAUAAAAAUGCCAUUUUGAGGUUCCAUGGUCAAAAAUGAUUAAAAAUUACACGAGGUUCCAAUGUAUAAUAUAUGGAAACUUGGAACUGGACCAACCAUGGCUAUGGCCCUGCCCCUCUCAACUUGUGCCAUCAUGUGAGGUGUUUGACAAUUUUUCUAUGCUCCACUUUCUUCAUUUAUAAAAGUUGACUGAUUGUACUCUCUAGAGAGUCCUUUCUGUGUGAAUAGUAUCUCUCUUUUCAUUAACCCUAGAUUUAUCAGCUUGUAGAGUGCUGCUGAAAGUGAGGGGUGAACAGCUAAGGCACCAUGACAGCUGAGCUUUGUGAAUAAACGUGAGCUCUGGCACUUCCUACUACUGGGCUUCCCUAAGGGCACUUUCCUAGCUAAAAUGUGGGGUGGUUUUUAGGAUUAGUGACCUUAGAUAUAAUAGUGAUACGAUAGUAGUAUUGGUUAAUAGUAUUAGCUGUUGAUAUUCCUGGAAAUAGGAGAGGUGUUAAAUGUAUAUAGCGAUUAAUGAAUAUUAAGGGAUAAAUUAACUAAGUCUUAUUAACCUAUGUAUAAUAUUUAGGUUUUCAAGUAUUCUUAAUUAACUUUAAAUUGCCUUUUCUCCUCUUUUUUAUUCUCCUCAUGUGGACCCUAAUAAAUAUAGAGUCUGCAAUAAAUAGAGUCCCUAAAACUCUAAUAAAUCCCACCCUUGUAUUUUGGACUCAUCAGUAAUCUACUAGAGGACUUUCAUGCAUUACCAAAGGACCACAGACCAUACUUUAAGAGCCAUAGAACCACUAACUGGCAUACAAAUUAGGAGUAAGUAAUAAAGUCCUUUUCCUUUUGGGUUUCUUCAUUUUAGCAGUUCGUUUUUCACAAGUAUAAUCAGAUAUCAUUUUAAAAGUUUCAUUUUAAGUCUUCUGAAAGGUAGGCAUUAUCAGCUGAAUGUAUCCUGCCAUGAAAAAGUACUUAUAUAUUUUAAUUCUCAAAGGCACUGUCUUCUGCUUAGCAUUUGAGCUAACAAGGAUCCUUGAUCGAGAGGUACAAGGGACAUCAGCAGCUGCUUUGUCCAGUCUUCUCAUUUUAUAGAGGAGGAAUCUAAGCCCCCAGAGAAUGAAGUGACUUGCCUAAGGUAGUCCCAAAGGUGUUAAAUGUCAGAGGCAGAUUUUGAACCCAGUUCCUCAGACUAUAGAGCCAGCUCUCAUCCCACAGUAUCAAACUACUUCCUAAUGAUAGACUGAGAAAUAUUAAACUUGUGUGGAAUCCAGGAUGCAUCAGAUAUGCCAGGGUAGAGUUAAUAUUAGAGAUUAAUAUUUUUUCUUAGUACCUUUCAAACUAUGUUUGAAGAAAAAGAACCCUGAACUUAAAAAAAAUCCAAGUUCCAAAGUAACACAUAAAACAUAUUAGUAACUUUUGGGAAUAAUAGUGACAAUGUAUCAGUUCUCUUAGCUAAGCCAAAUUAAAUCUGUAUUUGUUAUCUUAUGUCCAGGUGAAUAAUACAGCACUGGUCAUACUGACAUGAUUAAAAAAAUGAAAGUCUAGUUCUUUUAAAAAGUAUUUCGUAGGUCAACAAUGUAAAACCUUUCAGAUUAUGUACCUGCUCUUCUGAUACUGUCAUGUAAACUAGAAUAAUUUUCGAAAAGACCUUUAGCUUUUUUCUUUGCCUAUUUUAUUGAUCCACAACAGGAAACCUUUCCAAAAGGACAUUUUUCUUUGUCAGAUUUAGCUUAGCAAGAAAUGUUUAAUUCAUUCCAAAUCUAAAAGUGCCUGCUGUUUGUAUCUGGAACUGGCACUUUAAGGUCCACAAAGGUGGCACUUUGCUCACAAUCACCUUGUGAGGCAAGUAGUGUAAGAAGCAUCAUGAGAUCAUGGAUUUAGAGCUCCCAGACUUAAUUCAAGCAUUAAGCACCCACUGUGGGUUAAGCACUGUUCUGGUGUUGUGAAUAUGAAGACACAUGGUAUCUAUCAUCAAAGAGCCAAUAGUCUAUUGGUUCUGCGAAUGAAUUGAGAUGGUCUGGACUCUCCAUUUUAUAGAUGGGGAAAUAGGGACUCUGAGAGGAUAUGACUUGUGAUCUGAACUCGGAUCUCCCGAUUUCAAGAGACUGAGAGCCAUUAUACCAUACUGCCUAUGCCAGUACCAUGAGCUUUAGAAUAUGCUAUUUCAUUGUGCAAUUAAUUCCUUUUUUGUUUUUUUUUUGUUACAAUUAAGGUAAAUGGUUUGAUUUUCAGUUGAACUUCAAAACAUUUUCUCCUUUCAGCUUUGGCUUCUGCUUAUCUGGCAGGUCUCAAGUAUUUUCUUUGGGUUUAUUUUAAAAUAAUAGGAAAGCAUAGCAUACUUUUAGUACCUCUCCCAAGCACUCAUCCAUUCCAUACAAACACAUAGUCAAUAUAACUAUAAUGCAAAUUAGAAUACCAUAUAUGCCGAAGAGAAUCAAGCAGCUUAUUUCAUAUUGGAAAUAAACCAGCUGCCACAGUCACUUUUGGCCAUCAGAAACGAGGGAAAAGGCAUGUAAAUGCCAUCAACCACUCUAGAACGUUAGCUAGUGAAUUUGAACCUUUGACUACUAUUUCCUUCCUUAUGUUUCAGUGACGCGCCACGUGGAAGGGUACUGUGAUGUCCUAUCAUGCCAUGACAUAGCUUGUCAGUUUCAUUUUAAUCACCUGAGUGUGGAGGAAAGGAAUGUUUCCUAUACUAUUUCUGGCUUUCAUUUUCAAAGAGCAUUUUUGUGUUUGGUUAUAAAGAGCAUAUGUGUGCAUGGGUGUGUAAUUUAUACUUUUUAGGAAUGACAUUGAGGUAUGUGUUACUUUCUAUUUAAAAAAUUAUCAUUCUGCCCGUGUGAGUGAGUUUGUCAUGAGGAUUAAAGUUACCAUUAUUGUGCAGGCAAUAUGUGCAGGCAACUGAAUAAUUAUCAAACGGGGACAGUUUCACAUUCUAUCCUACCUAUAGAUUAUCUUCUGUAAUUUCCAUGUGAUGUGACUCUCAUCUGACCCUUCUGACCUUUGGCCUCUUGCGUUUGUCACAUAUGUCCUUGAGGUGAAAGAAGAAAAGAAAGAAAAUGAAAGAAGAAAAUGAAAAUAAUGGUCUCUUGCUUGAGUUUCCUUUGGAAGCCUUGAAAGAUUUUUAUUAAUGACAAUUCCUCCCUACUUUGGGAAUUUGUUUUGCUUAUGCAAAGGGUACUGGUAAAAUAUGACUGAUUUUUUUUCCUCCAAGGAUAAAAUUGUGAUGUAUUUAGUAAGAUCAGUCUAUUUGUUUUACUUUUAAAUGUUUGCAUUUCAUGCUAUUUUUCUUCCUCUUCAAACUGUACAUGAUUAAUGUCCAGAAUAAAAGAAUUACCUUUAUGUAUUCAAUAGAAAAUCAUGGCUUACCAAUAAAAUGUUUAAAACCUA